UUGGGAUGGGUGAGGGGACAAUAAGAAGGGGGUAGAGCCAGGUGGGAAUGAGGUGGCAGACAAUAGAAAAGAAACCAGACAGUUCGAAGAGAAAGGAUGGCCCCCAGAGAUCAGCAGGAGAAGGAAGGAAUUUCACGACACGACUUUCCACCAUUCCUUCGUGUCUCCUCUGUCCAGGUGAGCACCUCCGGAUCUGUCCCCAGGAGUACACUUGCUGUUCCAGUGAGAUAGAGCAGAAGCUGACCUGGGAGACUGAGGCCACCUUCCGAGGCCUGGUGGAAGAGAGCGGCUCCUUCUUGGUUCACACACUGGCUGCCCGGCACAGAAGAUUUGAUGAGGUUUUUCGGGAGAUGCUCUCAUCAGCUGAGCACUCCCUGUCCCUGCUCUUCCACCGCUCCUUCGGCCGCCUGUAUGCCCAGCACACCCCCUUGUUCAGUGGCCUGUUCUCUCGGCUACGGGACUACUAUGAGAGGUCCGGUGAGGGGUUAGAUGAUGCCUUGGUGGAUUUCUGGGCGCAGCUCCUGGAGAAAAUGUUCCCCCUGCUGCACCCACAGUACAUCUUCUCCCCUGACUACCUGUUCUGCCUCACGCGCCUGGCGUCUUCUGCUGAUGACUCUCUGAAGCCUUUUGGGGACUCCCCCCGCCGCCUCCGCCUGCAGAUAACCCGGGCCCUGGUGGCUGCCCGGGCCUUUAUCCAGGGCCUGGAGACCGGAAGAGAUGUGGUCAGCGAAACGCUUAAGAUGCCGCUGUCCGAAGGCUGCAAGCGGGCUGUGAUGCGUCUGACAGGCUGCCCCCUUUGUCGGGGGGUCCCCUCGCUGCCACCCUGCCGGGGCUUCUGCCUCAACGUGGCCCACGGCUGUAUCGGCAGCCAGGGACUGGAUCCUGACUGGGGGGCCUAUCUGGAUGGUCUCCUGUUCCUGGCCGAGAAGAUCCAGGGCCCCUUUUCCUUUGAGCUAGCAGCACAGUCCAUCGGGGUGAAGAUCGCGGAGGGUUUGAUGCAUCUGCAGGAAAACAGCGUGGGGCUGUCAGCCCAGGUGUUCCAGGAAUGCGGGAGCCCCCAACCGGCGCCGGCCCGCGCCCGCCGUGCCCCAGCCCCCCGGGAGGAGGUGGGCCGGCUCUGGUCGGCGGCGGCGGCGGAGGAGGAGCGGCCCACGACGGCUGCGGGCGCCAGCCUGCCCCGGCUGGUGUGGGAGCUCCGCGAGCGGCUGGGCCGGGUGAGGGGCUUCUGGGCCGGGCUGCCCCUGACAGUGUGCGGGGACCCCCGCGUGGCUGCGGACCUCUCCCAGGAGGCGGCGCCCUGCUGGACCGGAGCUGGGCGGGGCCGGUACUUGUCGCCCGUGGUCGGGGGUCCCCAGGCCGGGCAGAUCGACAACCCAGAGCUGGAUGCGGAAGCCUCGAGCCCCGACCUCCAGACGCGGAGGCGGCGGUUGCAGCUCCGGGCGGCCACGACCAGGAUGAAGGCGGCCGCCCUGGGACGCGACCUGGAGCUGGAGGACUGGGAGGACGCUAGCGGCUCUGGACAGGGACAGCACUAUGCGGAUGACUGGAUGGCUGGGGCAGCAGCUGUGGCCCCCCCGGCCCGGCCUCCUCGCCCUCCUCGAAGGGAUGGUGCUGGGGGCAAAGGAGGAGGUGUCAUUAUCCGCCACAGCCAAGACAGGAGCAGGACUGGAGGGACGUCUGUCAGUUUUCACACCCAACCCCUCCUCAUUCUCUUCCUCUCAGCCCUGGCCCUGCUUGGACCUCGAUAACUGGGGAGGGGUGCCCUGGCGUCAGAAGGGUUCGUGGCCCGUCCCCUCCUCCCCCCCUCUGCUGGGUCUGGGGAGGAGUCGAAGGGGGCUGCAGAGAGGGCA